CUUCCCCGAGCCCAGAGCGACCCCAGAGCGCUCCAGACUCCGAGCCCACGUGCGGGCGUGCGCCAGGGGCCGAGAGCCGAGGGCGGGGGUCGGAGGCAGAACUCCGGGGCGCAGAGGGGCGCAGGCAGAGCCCCGGCGAGCGCGCCGCCCGGGCGCGGAGCCCAGGGGCCGCCCACUGGCUGGGGAGCCGAGGAGCGCGCAGAGGCAGAGGCGGCGGCGGCGGCGGCCGCGGGGCUUCCCCGGCCUCCCUUCCCCGGGCCGUGGGCGGCCAGCGCCGGCUCCGGACGCGGAGGUGGCGCCCGGCGCGGGGAAGCGGGGAGUCCCCGAGGUGUCCCCCGCUCGGAGCGCAGACGCGGCCCCGCGGCGCGGCGUCCCGGAGCCCCGGGACCCGAGGCGGGCGAUUUGGGCUGAGCCCUCCCCGCCGCCUGCCCGCCCCCGCCUGGCGCCCGCCUCCCGCCCCCGCCCGCGGCCUGGAGCGCGCCUCCCUCGCCGCCCAGGGUCUGGCGAGCCCGCGUCGGCCGAGCUGCGGGAGCCGCGGAGAGCACCAGCCGGCGCCGCGGGAGCCGCUCGGGCCGCACCAUGCGGGAGCUGGCCAUCGAGAUCGGGGUGCGAGCCCUGCUCUUCGGGGUCUUCGUUUUCACAGAGUUUUUGGAUCCAUUCCAGAGAGUCAUCCAGCCGGAAGAGAUCUGGCUCUAUAAAAAUCCUUUGGUGCAAUCAGACAACAUACCUACCCGCCUCAUGUUUGCAAUUUCAUUCCUCACACCCCUGGCUGUUAUUUGUGUGGUGAAAAUUAUCCGGCGAACAGACAAGACUGAAAUUAAAGAAGCCUUCUUAGCGGUGUCCUUGGCUCUUGCUUUGAAUGGAGUCUGCACAAACACUAUUAAGUUAAUAGUGGGAAGACCUCGCCCCGAUUUCUUUUACCGCUGCUUUCCAGAUGGAGUGAUGAACUCGGAAAUGCACUGCACGGGUGACCCUGACCUGGUGUCCGAGGGCCGCAAAAGCUUCCCCAGCAUCCACUCCUCCUUUGCCUUCUCGGGCCUCGGCUUCACGACAUUCUACUUGGCCGGCAAACUGCACUGCUUCACAGAGAGCGGGCGGGGGAAGAGCUGGCGGCUCUGUGCGGCCAUCCUGCCCUUGUACUGCGCCAUGAUGAUCGCCCUGUCCCGCAUGUGCGACUACAAGCAUCACUGGCAAGAUUCCUUUGUUGGCGGCGUCAUUGGCCUCAUUUUCGCUUACAUUUGCUACAGACAGCACUACCCUCCCCUGGCCAACACGGCGUGCCACAAACCGUACGUCAGCCUCCGAGUCUCGGCCGCGCUGAAGGAGGAGAGGCCCACGGCCGACAGCGCGCCCAGCUUGCCUCUGGAGGGCAUCAGCGAGGGCCCCGUAUGACGGGCGGCCCGGGAGGAUGGACACUGAGCCCCCCUCCACCCCGGGCACGCCCUUGCACCCUGACAUCAAAACGCAGUAGAACGAGUUUUCUGUAGUGUGUCCCUCACCCGUUGUUUCUCAAGGUUACCCUUCCGCUCCUGUUUCACCGAUGGGGUUCCUGCUGCUCUCGGUGUCCACGUCCAAGGUUCUCCAGUUUGCAAGGGGAGGGCGCAGGACCAGUCCCCGAGGGACACGUGGCAGGGGGCUGCCAGGCCAGGGUCGCUCGGCCGGUUCCUGUCUCUGAAAUGUUUGCUGUCACAGCCACCUUCUUGUUGUCACGGUUGUACACACAAUAAAGCCUCCCACUUGGAA